AUGGCUGCGUCUGAUAAAGUCUUCUCCCUUGAAGGGAAAGGCCUAAAGCUAGAUACGGCUCAGGAUCUCGAGGCGCAUAUCGGUCCGCUAAGGGCUAUGGACGACGUUGAGGAAGUGCGCAUCCUGGGAAACACUCUGGGUGUCGAAGCCUGCAAGCUUCUUGGAGAAGUCUUAGCUACUAAGAAGUCGCUAAAGGUCGCAAACCUGGCUGACAUAUUUACGGGUCGCCUAUUAAACGAGAUUCCUGAGGCCCUCUCCUCUCUGCUCACCUCUAUCCUCAACUUGCCCAAUCUUCGUACCAUCAACCUGAACGAUAAUGCUUUCGGUCUUAACACCCAAGCGCCCUUGGUCGCUUUCCUAUCUAGCCACGUGCCGCUCCAGCACUUGUACCUCAACAACAACGGAUUAGGACCUUAUGCCGGCAUACUCAUCGCCGAUGCGCUCUCGGAGCUGCAUACAAAGAAGGAGGCUGCUAGAAAGGCAGGACAAGACGUUCCCUACCUCGAGACCGUCAUCUGCGGUCGUAACCGAUUGGAAAAUGGAAGUAUGCUUGCUUGGGCCAAGACCUUCAGCCUUCAUGACCGGGUUAAAGAAGUCAAGAUGGUCCAGAACGGUAUCAGGCAAGAAGGAAUCGAGCAAUUGCUUACCUCAGGUCUUAAUCACGCUAUCGGGAUCAAGAUUCUAGAUCUGCAGGACAACACAUUUACCAUCAAGGGCGCGAGAGCAUUAGCAAAGGUUGUCCCUCUGUGGACAGACAUACAAGAGCUUGGAAUCGGUGACUCCCUACUUGGCGCCAAGGGUGGUGUUCUCCUCGCCGACGUUCUUUCCAAGGGUCAAAACCAGAAGCUUGAAACGCUUCGCCUGCAAUACAACGAUAUCACAGCCAUAGGCGUCAAGGGUCUCGCAUCGGCGGCCAAGGCCGGUCUCCCAUCGUUAAAGCGCAUCGAACUAAACGGCAACAAAUUCUCGGAGGAAGAUGAGUCAGUCCUAGCCCUACAAGAGCUACUUGACGAGCGGAAAGAGAAGCACGGCGGCGACGUCAUCGACGAAGAUACCUGGGGCGUCGACAGCCUAAGCGAUCUCGAGGAUCUAGACUCAGAUGAGGAAGAAGAAGAGGAGGAGGAGGAGGAAGAGGAGGAACCCUCUACGGAAGAGAAGGCCGAGAAGCUAAUCAAGGAGGCCGAGGAGGCUCAAGAACAACCCACGGUGCAGCUCAAGGAUGACGACGUUGACGCCUUGGCCAAGAAGCUGGCGCAGACCGGGAUCUAG